AGAAGAUUUUCCGGAAAUAAAAAACAACCCUGUACUGCUGGACUUCAAGCAGGAAACAUCUCCAUCAGCACCACAGCCAUGGGCUAGGAUCACCGAUCUGCAACCAGCAACGACGUACUACUUCCGGGUGACUGCCUUCAACCAGCUUGGAGCCAGUUCCCCCAGCCAAGCAGUGAGCAUAAUGACAGAGCCCGAAGUACCAUCUGGUCCUCCUCGGAACCUCGCCGUGAUUGCAGUGGGCCCACACGCGUUGCAUGCCACGUGGAACCCACCUGAGCCGAAUGAUCGCAAUGGGCAAAUUCUUGGUUAUUACUUGGGUUAUGUACAGCUUGGGCUUGGAGUUGAAGACCGCUACAAAUACAUAACUGUGAAAGAAGAUGAUUCAAAUAGAUGGAUUCUGGAAGGGCUGCGUAGUUUCACCAAAUAUAAAGUGACUGUUCAGGCUUUCAACAAUGUUGGAGCGGGACCGGCUAGUUCCGGAGUAAUAGCAGUCACAGGAGAAGCAG